GAAGAGGAGGAGGAGGAGGAGGAGGGAGAAGGCGAGGGAAGGAGGGGAAAGAAGAGAAGACAAAAGAUUCAUAAAACUAAAGCAGUUGUGGACGACAGCAAAAGUUCUCGUAAAGUUCACCUCUUACAAGUUGAAGGAAUGGGCAGCCUUCCAGUGGUCCUGCUCCUCUGCAGUUUCCACGCGCUCACAGCUGUAGCCCAACUCCAGCAGGCUGAGUUCACUGAGGCACCUGAAGGCACCUUGCCACCCAACUGUAGGGAGGAGCAGUAUCCUUGCACCAGGCUGUACUCUGUUCAUCGGCCCACCAGGAAAUGUAUUCAUGGUCUUUGUCUCUACAGCCUUCCUCGUAUCUAUGUGAUCAACAAAGAGAUCUGUAUGAGGACAGUGUGCCAACAGGAUGAGUAUCUGAAAGCGGAACUGUGCAGAGAGUUGUCCGGGUGGCCCAGGCGUGUUGAGAGGACAUCUAUUAGCAAACGCUGUCUCCGUCGCCGUAGCAACCCCAAAACCUGGGCAAACAAGGUGUAAGGGGCCCAGGAUGGCGAUGUAACCACCGGUGAGGAUGGAGCCCCAUAGAGACGCAAACCAGGGGCAUCGUCAUAAAAACAGCCCAUAACACCAUAAAUCCACCGCUCAGCACCUCGGGGUCUCUUUCUUUCUCUUUCACACAUACACACAAGUGUGCUGAGUCAUAUCUAUGUUUAUGUAUUAGUCUUUUGUGUGUGAAUAUUGAAGGUGUGGUCAUUUCAUGUGUGUUGUUGGACACGGAUCAUGUCUUCCAUGGUUUACGACCCAUUUAAGGUACUGUAGUAAUGGGCCUAUAGCAGCACUGAGUCAUUUCAUUGUACAAAGAAAGACCCACUCUGUUGUGGAUUGUAAGGUACUCGUUGACAAUCCAGUAUUAUGUGCACUAUUGUAUAAAAAUAUAUAUAUAUAUAUAUAACUA